AUGAAGGCGGGGACGGGGGCGGUGGCCGAGGUGGAUGCGGAGGCGACGCCGACGGGGGCGGGGACUUCGGCGGUGCAGGCGGAGGCGAUGGCGACGGGGACUUCGGCGGUGGAGACGGAGGCGGAGGCGGCGGCAGUGGAAGCAGGGGAGGCAGCGAAUCUGGAAGGAAGGCGGCCGGGGCUUGAAGCACGACGGCUGGACGGCACACCAUGGCAUUGGGGGGAGGGGGGCGUCCGAUGCUCCGCCCGUUUGUGUCCGCGCGAGGAGCUCACCCCCAAAGAACUCCUCGGGCGUCCUGCGGGCCCAGGCCGGAGGCGGCAGUUCCCAGCGCGGGGGCCGACAGGAAGGUGCCGAUUCGGAUCUCCGGGGCUGACAACGCGCCUGGCGCCGACGGGGAACGCGGGAGGGCAGCAGCUCACGGACGAGGAGGCCCCCGCGGGCGGCGGGAGGGGGGACUCGCCGUACCAGGGCUAUGAGGUGCAGCGUCUGGCGAGGUGGGUGGACCACGCGCUGCCCUUCUCCCUGCUCCUACUCGGCGUCUUCAUCCGCCAGCACCUGCAAGAGAGUUGCUGGUCAGAAGAUGAUGGGAGUUCCUCAUUCCAAUUGAGUUUAUAUUGUGUAGGUUUCUUCGUAAUGAUUUGGAUUACCGCAGUCAUGUUCAAGUCCAAUGAUAUCUUGCGCAAGCAGACCGCUCUUAAGCAGGCUACAAGGUUGGGGGAGCGACCCUGCCAUUGUCAUGACGGCUGCUCCUUCUGGCCGGAUCGAGGCAUGAAGACCUGUGGGAUCCCCUCCUUCGGCAGGACCUCCUCAUCUGGAGGACUGCAUGUGAUGAGUUAAGGCACAAGAAGAUCUACGACCAUUUUAGCUCCAGCAGUUAGUACACAACCAAUCAACAGUGCAUUUUCACGACCCAGGCUUCUGAAUUCUGACUGACAGGCUCGCAGGCACAGCCACAUCUAAUCUCACGCAUUCAAAAUGCUAGCUACAUGAAAUACGCCCAGAUUUACGAGUAGAAAUCCAAGGCAUUGCAGUCCAAUUGUUCUAAGGAUUGGAACCAGACGUGUGGCUCAAUACUGCUUGGAACAUGUGAGAAAAGUUUACGUACAUGCACCUUCUUGGAUGAUACAACUUCUCUAUGUUUGUACCUCCUCGUCAUUAAAACUUUGCAAACUUUAUGAGUAAAAAGUAAGAAGUAAUGUUCUCACUUCUCUUUUUUAUGACCAUCAUUAUCUCAGUCUCAACAACAUCUAGGAGAUGUACCUACGUAGCUACUGUUAGUUCAAAAGCUUUAUUUCACAAGUUGGCAACAUGAUAUUCAGGAUGUUAAGCAUGUGUUAUAGUUCUAAUUUGCCUUCUUCUCAUAAAACUUGGGUAUCAUAAACAGUAGAGACUGUAGCCCGAUGUUGCUCACUGCACACUUAUACUUAUUCUGAUUUUUGAUGGCCUCCUAAAUUUGAAUUAUUGUCUUGAUGCCAGCUAGAGGACCUUUGCAAUCUUAUCAAGCUUGACGCUAAACUGGCACUCUUACUUGAUCCCAUAUUACUCCUUCGAACAAUUUGUGCGCAAAGUUGAGGAAAUUGGGGCCAAUAAUCGUGUUAGAAUAAACUUCUUUCUUUCUUUUUCCAUACUGCGGGGCAGCAGGAUCUGAGUCCCACUACAUCGCCCUUUGGUAUGUUUCAUGGGGAUCUUUUUUAUUCAACGCAUAAAUGCUGAUUCGUUCAUGUGUUUAUUAGCAGUAAGAGGCGCAGCAUGCGAGGCGUCCUCGAAGUUGAAGGAGUAGUAGAGCAGAGGAUCUUCUUAGUGAUUUGGAUAUACAGAGUUUAUGAUACAAAGACCUAUUUUGUUUUUGUACUGACUCUUGAAUUUUCUGCUUUCUAUUUCUAAACCCUUUUGAUAUGUUCUUUACUCCUGAUUUCAGCCUUUUAAGGUAUGUUCUUCUUUCGGGAUUGCAGAGAGCAAGGACCACCGAAUGGAAGAAGGAGAUGCCAUCCUUGACUGUCGUUGUCUUUGGCAUGUUGCUACCAUUUUUUAAUCCUUGCACUGCAGAAACCUCAGUCUAUCCAUGGAUUUGCUAGGAAAAACCAUCUCCGGAAAAAUAGGGCCAAAUUUGAAUUCUAAUAGAGUUGAAGAGACACAUAGAGAAAGAGACAGGGAUAAUACUUCCUUGUGGGCUUCCUGAGAAUCUACAAUGAAGAAUAAGAAGGGUGUAGUAACUAAGUAUGCAUGUCAUAACUAAUUCUAUUGAAAAUAGUUAUUCAGGAAAAUUAAGCUAUAUUGAAAUGUUGCAUGAUUCAGAUAUUGGGUCUAUGAAGAUUUGUUUAUGCCAUAAAAAUGCAUAAAUAAAGUCUCGUGUGGCUAUGUAAUUCACUUGUUAUAUGUCAAGUUCGAGCUCCUAAGAACAGGGUGAAACUGUCUGUUCCGAAGAACAGAUGUCACUGUUCGGGCUCUCUUUUGUUGUACUUUCU